AUGGAAUGGUCCCUCUCCAUUUUGAAAGACGAGGUGGGCCAACGUCUGCAGCUUCGGGAGGUCGCUCUCAGCAGCGGCCCAGUUCCAGACAUCCGGCGGCCGAGUUUCGGCGAAGACCCAGCUGUGGCGGCAGUGGCCCUCAUGGACAGUGGAGAGGUCUUUGCGUCACAGGCCUGGUACGAUGAGGGCCAAGACGGCACGAUGGUGUGUCCAGAUUGGCGUCUUGUGCCCAGCUUGCAAAGCGUUCUGGUGGUCUCUGUUGCUUGCGGCGGUGGCUAUGCUAUGGCGCUCACCGCUGGCGGCGGACUGAUGGCUUGGGGUUCCUCCCUUUGUGGUGCCAUGGGCCUUGGCGCUGCCUCCCACGUCUCUGAGCCGACCUUGGUUCAGGGCGAGCUGGCACGCUGCCGUGUGGCCGUGGUUGCAUGCGGAGAGUCGCACACAGUGGCAGCGACGUUUGAUGAGGAGGAACGGCUUGGCAGUGUUUAUUCUUGGGGCCUUCCAACGGACGGCCGUUUGGGGUAUCUGGAUGAGGAGGCUCAUGCACAGCGCUCGCCUCGCGUCGUCCCAUGGCUCGAGGAGCUGUCGCAGCGGACGUUCAAAGGCACUCCGAAGCGAUCUUCCUUGAGGCUUCCACAGCGUAUCACCCAAGUAGCCUGCGGCACGCGGCAUAGCGUCCUCAUUUGUCAGGGCACGAUUGUGUGCUUCGGAGGAGAUGACUAUGGCCAGCUUGGCCGAUCCAAAGAUGAUCUAUGGCCUUCAAGGCCCGGACAGACAUUGCCGCCCUUCGUCCAUUUCCCGAUGCUCGAGGACCCCAAGCGCGUGGGAACGCAGGAGGAAGCUCGACGCCUUUGCUGCGGCCCCUUCCAUUCAGCCUGCGUGUGCUCGCAAGGGCAUGUGCACGUGUGGGGAUUGGACCUACGGCAAGAUGGACUUGAGGUCAGUGAUGGGCCCUGGACUGUGCCAUACUUCGGGCCUGAGAGGCCCGUGGUGGCCCUUUGCUGCGGUGCCCACUUCUUGGUGUGCUCUGCGGAGGUCGUUUUGCCACGGAUGGAGGUCCCAGUGGAAGUGGUCCAGGAGGAGCUCUUGCUGGGCUGCUGUGAGGAGAGCGCCGACGGGAAUCGAAGAUCUUCGAUCUCGUGGAGGCCAUCCCACCUGCCGCCGAAAUGCAAGGAGGAGUCGGAGCACCACCGCAGCCUGGUCCGUGAGUUGGAGCGAAGCGUACAACGGCGUCUCCUCCAAGAGCAGCGCGAGGAGCAGCUGCGGCGUGAGCGUGAGGAGCGGCGGGAACGGCGGCUGCAGGAGCAUACAGAGAUGUGGCUUCAGUUUUUGCCAAGCUUCGUACCGGGUUCCACCAUUGGUCCGCAAAUGCAGCGGCUCUGGCGUCAGGGCUUACCUCCCAAGGUCCGCGAGGUCGUGUGGCCGCUGGCCAUUGGCAAUGUGCUUCGGAUCACUCCAGAGCUUUUUGAGAUCUACAGUCGUGGCAAGGAGCAAAGUACAACCUGCAUCGCCUUUGAUUUGCCUCGGACCUUCCCAACCUUGGCAUUCUUCGAUGAGGCGAAGAGCUGCAUUUUGACAUCUCAGAGAAGGAAGUAA